AGGAUGUUGGUGAUAAUGUGGAUGAUGUUGUGUGUUAGUGGUGAACUCCAGAAGUCCUCCCCGGGCCAGCCCAGUGUACCAGAGGUGAUAGAUCUGGUGUUGAAGGAGUGUCGUAAAGACAACCUGGUCUACAAGAUGGCUGCCCUGGGCUGUGCUGCUGACGUCCUGCAGGCCACACAGGAAGACCGCUUCAGUGACAUGGCAGACAUACUCAUACCACUCAUUAAGAAGAACUCUGCAGCAACUUCGAGGUUGAGACAUGAUAGUGAUGACGAUCGGGAUGAGAAGGAGAAGGAGCUGCAGACUGAAGCUCUACUCUGUGCCUUCCAGACGCUGGGCAAGACCUGGCCCAACAACGCACAAACCCAAGAACGUUUCCAGUUGGACCUGUGCUGUCUGAUGUGUGAGAGGUUGAAACUCAGUACAUGGAGGGUCCAGGUGGGGGUGCUACAGUCUAUGAAGACAUACUUCCAGAGGUUGCUACUGUUGGAGAAAGAGAAAGACAACCAGAACUUCACAGCCUUGUCCCUUAUUCUCACUGAGACAUGCAGCGCUCUCACACACCCACUAGAGAAUAAGAGUUACUCCUCUGUGAGGACCGAAGCGUUGUCUGUUGUGGAACUACUGGUGAAGAGGACAGGAGAGAGCGGUCAGUGGGAGUGUGUCUCGGGGAAGAGUCGCGAACAGCUGCAACGUUCACUGUCCACCCUGCAGACAGACAGCAGACCUGACCUACGAGACAAGGCCCAGGAACUACGGAGGAACAUCCAGAGUCAACCCUGAACACACACACACCUACCUAGUCAACCCUGAACACACACACACACACCUACCUAGUCCACCCUGAACACACACACACACACACCUACCUAGUCCACCCUGAAUACACCCCCCAGAUCUCUGUGUGGACUAUAAUGUGUAUUGUGUCAAUGGGAGGACGGCUGACUGGGUCAUUUAUAAUUGGAAACGCCAUCUCAACUCACUAUGUAAACAAACAGCACCCUAUUCCCUAUAUAGUGCACUACUGUUGACCAGGUCCCAUAGGAUUCUCUGCUCUGAAGUAGUGCACUUUUGUCGUCCAGGGAUCAUCAACUAGAUUCAGCUGUGGGACAAUUUGAUCACAAUGAUUAUAAUUAGACUAAAAACAUCCAUUUUAAAAUCUUGUUUGGAUUUGUAAAGGAUCACAUGCAUCUCUUGGAGACUUUGGAAUAGACCAAACUAAAAUCAGUUCGAGAUGGGUUUUUUUUUUUUUACAGUCUUAACAUACUUUCUUUUUAAAAAAACAAGUCCUGGGCAGUUUGGGAACCUGGAUAAAGGGAAUCUGGUGGCGUUAGGUCCUGUGUAACAGCUUCUAAACAGCUGCCUUCUUUCUCUCCUACAGCAGCCAGUACAGUACACCCCUACUGAUGAACUACAAUGGUACGUCCCACAUGGUGCCCUGAUUCUCUAAACACUACUAGUGGGAAUAAGGGUUGUCAUUUGGGACGUAACCCAGGACGAUACUGCAACUUUAUUUAACACAUUGGUUGUCCACUCCUUGGUCCUGGAGAGCUACUGGGUGGUUGGAGGCUGUUGUUCCAGCCAAUCAACUCCCUGGUCCUGGAGAGCUACUGGGUGGUUGAAGGCUGUUGUUCCAGCCAAUCAGCUCAUUCCACAGAGGGCUGAGUGUUUUCCCUUCUCCCUCGUACUUGAUUGAUGAAUUUAAGGUCACUAAUUAGUAAGGAACUCUCCUCACCUGGUUGUCUAGGUCUUUAGUAAGGAACUCCCCUCACCUGGUUGUCUAGGUCUUUAGUAAGGAACUCUCCUCACCUGGUUGUCUAGGUCUUUAGUAAUGAACUCCCCUCACCUGGUUGUCUAGGUCUUUAGUAAGGAACUCCCCUCACCUGGUUGUCUAGGUCUCUAGUAAGGAACUCUCCUCACCUGGUUGUCUAAGUCUUUAGUAAGGAACUCUCCUCACCUGGUUGUCCAGGUAUUUAAUUGAAAGGGGAAAAACCUGUGGACACGGUCCUCCAUGGAAUGAGGUGAGCAGGCUUUUGUUCCAGCCCAACACUUGUUAUCACGGUUUGAACUGAAAUAGGUGCCGGAGCUCCACAAUACUGUUGAUAUUCUGUCAGAGAAACCAGUGCUCAGUCCUGGUUAACUCCUGCCUAAGUCCAGCACUGGUCUUGAUGAUAGGUAAUGUUAACUAGUGCUGGGUUGGACCAAAAGCCUGCACCUACCUCUGGAGCUCUUCAGAACUAGAGUUGGUGACCAGUGUCUCUGUCUGAACUUGGUAAUUACUUCUUUCCCCCAGUUUGCAUGUUCAAAAAAUAUAUUUUCAGCCAUGUUGAUUAGAAACCCAACAUUGAACAGUGGGGGUUGGUUGGUGUGAGAGGGAGGCAUGGAAUUCUUGUGAAUUUGUCUCCAAAAAUAAAUAAAUAAAUAAAACAAC